AUACAUUUGGACAAAAAUAGCAUUAUGUUUGGAUAGUGUAACACUUGCCAUAUAGUAUCAUGUUAGGUUUGAAAUAUUAAUACUAAAAGUUAUUGGAGUCGUUUUCAAAAUAUUAACGCUAACCUUAUAAGUGAUUGGGAAAGGGGAAUCAUGUCAACACCAAAUGUCAUCAAAGUAUGAGAAUAUGCAGUAUAGCUAACCGAUUCAUUAUGAUGAAUUCAUGAAUUGCACUAUGUAUAAUAUGGGUUCUGCUGGAUCCCUGCCGUCCGAUCCUGUUGGCAGCGGGGAGGAUCACUCAUCGGGAGGUGGAAGCCGGACAUCAGAUGGAGACGGCGGCGGAGGAAGAAUUUCCGCGGCGCCGCCGAGCCGGUACCAGGCGCAGAAGCGGCGAGACUGGACUACGUUUCUGCAGUACCUGAAGAACCACACGCCGCCGCUGACGCUGCCGCGAUGCAGCGGCGCUCACGUGAUCGAGUUCCUCAAGUACCUGGACGGGUUCGGGAAGACCAAGGUGCACGUGACCGGCUGCCCGCACUUCGGGGACCGGAACCCGCCCGCCCCGUGCGCCUGCCCGCUGAAGCAGGCCUGGGGCAGCCUCGACGCCCUCGUCGGACGGCUCAGAGCCGCCUACGAAGAGAUCGGCGGCGGCCGACCCGAAUCCAACCCGUUUGCCGCCAGAGCUGUGGGGAUAUACUUGAGAGAGGUUAAGGGUGACCAAGCUAAGGCCAGAGGAUUCCCUUACCGCAAGGUUUACAAGAAGCGGAAAAUGUCUACAAUCGCCGCGGGUGAGGGCGGCGGCGCCGAUGGUAGUGGUGGCGCUACUGUGGGUCCGCCAGGUGCUGCCAGCUCAGCAGUGUAGUCCUAGGGUUGUUGGAAUUUGAAAAUACUUUUAGGGUAGUCUAAUCUUAGUCCAUUCCCCGAUUAUUUGUCUACUUUUGACUUUUUUCAAUUAAAAUUAGUAAAUUUUA